AUGGAGAUAUCACAUAAACACCGCUGGGAACGAGUCCUGAUUUUAGCCGCGGCACUUCUGUCACCUGCGAUCACGGUAUUAUGCAAUGACAUUCUUGGCCUGAAGGUGGCAGGAGAGCCAGUGUUGACCCCCAGUGCGGUGUGUUUACGGCUGGCAGGCUUAAGCAAACGACAGAUGCGUCUGUGUGUUCGCAGCCCGGAUGUCACGGCCUCAGCCCUGCAGGGCAUUCAGGUUGCUAUUCACGAAUGCCAGCACCAACUCCGUGAUCAGCGCUGGAACUGCUCCUCAUUGGAGAGCCAUGGGAAACUGCCCCAUCAGAGCAUCAUCCUGAACAGGGGUUUCAGAGAGAGCGCCUUCAUUCAGUCUCUGCUGGCAGCAGGAGUGGCACACUCUGUGGCAUCUGCUUGCAGUCUGGGUAAACUGCGUGGGUGCGGCUGCGACCCCAAGCGUCGUUUGGACGAUGACAAAAUCCGCCUUAAGCUCACCCAGCUCCAGCUGCAGACCUUGCAGAGGGGUGGAGUGGGAGUAGCACCAGGCACCAGCCCUCAACACAGUGAUCUGCCAGCCAGUCUCCACUCCGCACACCCUGGUUCUCUUCUCAAACCCUUACCAGAAGACGUCACCUCUGUGCAAGAGACCUGGGAGUGGGGAGGCUGCAGCCAUGAUGCCCGCUUUGGCGUACGAUUUUCCAGAGAUUGGUUGGAUAGCAGGGGAUCUCCCCGUGACAUCCACGCCCGCAUGAAGAUCCACAACAAUCGAGUUGGCAGACAGGUUGUGAUUGACAACAUGAAGAGAAAAUGCAAGUGCCAUGGGACCUCUGGCAGUUGCCAGUUCAAAACUUGCUGGUACGUUUCCCCCGAGUUCCGGCUGGUGGGUUCUCUCCUGCGGGAGAAAUUUCUCUCCGCCGUAUUCAUCAACUCUCAGAACAAGAACAGCGGCGUUUUCAACCCACGGGUGGCCUUGGCCGCUGGCUCGGGGCCUGGGAGGGGCAGGCGACGCAGCAUCUCGCGCGAGCUCGUCUACUUCGAGAAGUCUCCAGACUUCUGCGAGCGCGAGCCGGCGGUGGACUCCCUGGGCACACAGGGACGCAUUUGCAACAAGAGCAGCCCCAGCAUGGACGGAUGCGGCUCGCUGUGCUGUGGCCGCGGGCACAACAUCCUGAAGCAGACGCGGAGCGAACGCUGCCACUGCCGCUUCCACUGGUGCUGUUACGUGCUCUGCGAAGAGUGUCGGGUCACGGAGUGGGUCAAUGUGUGCAAAUGA